CCCAUUUUCUCGGCCUGCCUCGCGCAACUCGUCCCAGCACACCGCUGUGGCGCUGUCGUCCUCGCUCACCUCGUCCGUCCUCGUGAGCUCCGCCUGCCCUCCAUCUGGACAGCUCCAGCCUCCAGCCAUCUCCCCCCACCUGUACACAGUUACAAAGCUUGGCACUUCGCAGUUCGCACUCGCAUGCUCUUCGCCCCUCGCGCUUACCGCUGCCGCGCCUCCCGACUUGCCGCCUCCGCCUAGCUCCGGGCUCUCCAAUGGCCUCCAUGCUCGCCAUCCUCAGGCCCUCCGCGCCGGCCCCGCUCGCGGGGCGCCGGGCCAGGGCUGCCGCGCCGGCGACCGCGAGGGUGGCGCUAUCUUCCAGAUCUAGGUAUUCGUCGGUCAGGGUGUCGCUCGGCUCCGAGGUUGCAGUGGGCGCCGACGCGCUCUUCGCCGACUAUAAGCCCACCACCGCUUUCCUCUUCCCCGGCCAGGGUGCCCAAACCGUUGGAAUGGGGGCAGAAGCUCAGAGUGUUCCAGCAGCUACCAAAUUGUUCAACCAGGCAAAUGAAAUCCUUGGAUAUGACUUGCUGGAUCUUUGCACCAAUGGACCAAAAGAAAAGCUUGACUCAACAAUGAUCAGUCAGCCGGCUAUAUAUGUCACCAGCCUUGCAGCAGUAGAGGUACUACGUGCACGCGAUGGAGGCCAAGAUGUGAUUAACUCUGUAGAUGUUACAUGUGGUCUCAGUUUGGGAGAGUAUACCGCUCUUGCAUUUGCCGGUGCUUUUAGCUUUGAGGAUGGACUGAAGCUUGUCAAGCUAAGAGGAGAAGCUAUGCAGGAUGCUUCAGAUGCUGCCAAUAGUGCGAUGGUUAGUGUGAUUGGUCUGGAUUCAGAAAAGGUGCAAGAACUAUGUGAUGCUGCUAAUGACGAAGUAGAUGAAAACGAUAGAGUUCAAAUAGCAAACUUUCUGUGCCCUGGGAAUUAUGCAGUUUCUGGUGGUGUAAAAGGUAUUGAAGUAGUCGAAGCCAAAGCAAAGUCCUUCAAGGCCAGAAUGACGGUUCGCCUAGCUGUUGCUGGCGCUUUCCAUACUAGCUUCAUGCAACCAGCUGUUUCAAGAUUGGAAUCUGCGUUGGCUGCCACUGAGAUUAGAACACCUAGAAUUCCGGUCAUCUCCAAUGUUGAUGCGCAGCCCCACUCAGAUCCUAACACCAUCAAGCAGAUUUUAGCUCAGCAGGUAACCUCUCCGGUGCAAUGGGAAACCACUGUUAAGAAUCUUAUGGGCAAGGGGCUUGAGAUAAGUUAUGAACUCGGACCUGGAAAGGUUAUAGCAGGUAUUCUCAAGAGGAUCAACAAAGGCACUAGCAUUGAGAACAUCGGGGCUUAAACGUCUGGGAUCUGAAGAACUCUUGAUGGAACCAAGUUACACAGCAGAGGAUUGAAACAUGCCAUUAUUGUGGAACGAUGUUUCCACUCAGAGUUACCGUUUUUUUUACCUUAGUGGUUGAAUUUUGAUCUUGAUGUAAAAUUGACAUGAAACACAUGGUUAAUGAUUUUAUGAACAGUGUAGUUUUCACAGUUUGAA